GGUGGGAACCCAAGGCGGCGCCGUUGUCAUGGAAACACGUAGCUCCCAGCUCCCAACUACAACUCCCAGCGGCCCGCGCGGUUUCCGGCCGGCAAGAUGGUGGCGCGCAGGAGGAAGCGUGCGGCGCGGGACGCCGAAGAGGGGAUUCCGAGCCCUCCUGGCUACUCAGCCGUUCCGAUCAAGUUCUCUGAAGAGCAGAAGGCUUCCCAUUACCUGUACAUGAGAGAGCACAGAGUUCGAGACGGCGCCAAGUCUUCCUGGCCUCAGAAGAGGACGCUCUUUGUCCUCAAUGUGCCCCCUUACUGCACAGAGGAGUGCCUGGCCCGCCUCCUCUCCCCCUGUGGCCCCGUCCAGUCCGUGGAACUGCAGGGGAAGCCCGAGCUCACCGAGAGCCCCAAGGAGCCGAAGUCGAAGUUUUUUCACCCCAAGCCUGUUGCGGGCUUCCAGGUGGCCUACGUGGUGUUCCAGAAGCCGAAAGGGGUGUCGGCUGCCUUAGCCCUGAAGGGCCCUUUGCUGGUCUCGACAGAGAGUCACCCCGUGAAGAGCGGUGUUCACAAGUGGAUCAGUGACUACACAGACUCCGUGCUGGACCCGGAGGCCCUGCGAGUGGAAGUGGACACAUUCAUGGAGGCGUACGACAGGAAGAUGGCCGAGGAGGAAGCGAAGGCCAAGGAGGAGGAAGGGGUCCCGGACGAGGAGGGCUGGGUGAAGGUGACGCGCCGUGGCCGGCGGCCUGUGCUGCCCCGGACGGAGGCAGCCAGCCUGCGGGUGCUGGAGAGGGAGAAGCGGAAGCGCGCCCGCAAGGAGCUGCUCAACUUCUACGCCUGGCAGCACCGGGAGACCAAGAUGGAGCAUCUAGCGCAGCUGCGCAAGAAGUUCGAGGAGGACAAGCAGAGGAUUGAGCUGAUGCGGGCCCAGCGCAAAUUCCGUCCCUACUGAGCCGCACGGACAGGGUGGUGGGGAUGGCCAGCGAGGACACAAAGGCCUGGAUGCUCCCAGACUGCCCAGGCCUGGGAGCUGCCACGUCAAACAGCACCAAGAAUCAGCCCACAGGCGGCGGGUAAAGGACAGUGCCACCCUCAGCCCUUGUCUUAAGCAGCCCGGAGCCCGGAGCUGGUGAGCCUGCCCAGCAUGAGGACUUGGCUCUCAGGAGCCACCGGCCCAGGAAGUGGUUCCUGCUGCUCCUGUCUCCUCCCAGUC